AUGCAUAACUCUCGCCGUCUCUGUCAAUCUCAACACUACAGAAGCAGGGCACAUAGGGUCCAAGAUCAAUGCCAACCUGGAGUUCGCUAUGUCAAGAACUCAGGAAUCUACGAGACAACUCCGAAUGUUACGCAGAUUUCGGGUUACGUUGACGUUGGGACAAACAUGUCUAUGGUGGGUUGUUUGGAAGCUGGUUCACCUAAGUACCUGAGUUUAGGCGUACCUCUGACCUGCCUUUGCAGGUUGAAUGGCGGCCCUAGAUGUUCUUCCAUGAUCGGAUUGUUCCAAGAGAACGGGCCAUGUGUGGUGAAUGCCGACCGCAAGUCGACCACUCUUAACCCCUACAGUCCGUCAACCGUAUUGUCGUUGAUCUACAUUGACCAGCCAAUUGGGACUGGAUUCUCCUAUGGUACCAAUACGGUAAACAGCAUGGAAGGUGCAGCACUAUUUGUAUGGACUGUGUUCCAGGUUUUGUUCGAAAGCUGA